AUGGAGCUGGUGGCCGGGCUGCUCUUCCUUGGGUGUUUCGCGGCGGAGGCGCGGCUGGUCUCGUCGGGCUUGCCCAUUUCACUGGAUCCUCCAUCCCUUAGUAUCCAAAAAGCUGUCCUUACUGUAGCUGCAAAUGAGACACUACAAAUUACAUGCAGUGGCGAAAGAGCUUUGGAGUGGCAUUGGCCUAACAACCAGAGUACUUCGGAAAACCGUCUAGCGGUGACUGACUGCACUGACAGUAUCUACUGUAAGACGCUCACACUUACAGAAGUAAUAAGCAAUGAUACGGGGACCUAUGAGUGCUUUUACCAAGACAACCACACAAGGUCAAGUAUUUACGUUUACGUGCAAGAUUUUACAGAUCUGCUAGAUCACAGAUCUCCAUUUGUGACCUCAGUUAGUGACCAGCUUGGAGUUGUAUACAUAACUGGAAACAAAACUGUGGUAAUACCAUGUCUUGGGUCUACGUCAGCCCUCAAUGUUUCACUCUAUACGAAGUAUCCAGAAAAAAUAUUUGUUCCUGAUGGUAAAUCAAUCGUAUGGGACAGUCAAAAGGGUUUUACUAUUCCCAGUAACCUGAUUGGCGACGUGGGCAUGGUCUUCUGCAAAGCUAAGAUCGACGAUGAAAGCUAUCAGUCCAUGCUGUUCAUUGUGGUGGUGGUUGGUUAUAAAAUUCAUGAUCUCACGAUAAAUCCUCCUCACCAAGUAGAACUGGCAGCAGGAGAGAAGCUAUCUCUAAAUUGUACCGCGAGGACGGAAUUGAACGUGGGAAUUGAAUUUGAUUGGGACUUCCCAUCCAGCAAAACAAAUGAGAAAAACCAUGUUGCAGUCAGGGAUAUAAAGACAUCAUUGGGUAACGAAAUGAAGAAGUUUGUGAGCACUCUCACCAUAGAACACGUGACCUUGAAUGACAGAGGACGAUACAGUUGCACCGCCUCCAGCAGUCGCAUGACUAAGAGAAGCAGCGUCAGUGUAAUUGUCCACGAAAAGCCUUUCAUUAGUUUGGGCAGGAUGCCAUCUUUGGUGGAAACGAGGCUGAAUGAACCCGUCAGAAUUCCUGUGAAAUUCACAGGGUACCCAUCUCCAGAAUUAAAAUGGUAUAAAAAUGGUAGAGCCAUCACUGCAAAUCGUACAGUUAAACUUGGUCACUCCUUGACCAUUUCUGAAAUGAGCGAAAGAGAUGCUGGGAAUUACACGGUUGUACUAACCAAUCCUAUUAAUAAGCAACAGGAGAGACACACGUUUCAUCUGGUAGUGAACGUCCCACCACAAAUUGGAGAGAAUUCUCUGUUAGCACCAGCAGAUUCUUAUAAGUAUGGCUCCACUCAAGCCCUAACAUGUACGGUGUAUGCUGUUCCAUCAGUGCCCAAGAUUCAGUGGUACUGGCAGUUCGAAGAAGAAUGUACUUUCAACCCUCACCAAACUGGACUGGGGAAUAAUCCUUAUUCCUGCAAGACGUGGAAAGACAUAACUGACAGAAGAGGUGGAAAUCAAAUUGAAACAGUAAAAAAUCAAUUCGUUGCCAUCGCUGGGAAAAUAAAGACCGUUAGCACUCUUGUAAUCCAGGCAGCAAAUGUGUCCGCUCUGUACAGAUGUGUGGCUAGUAACAAAGCUGGAGAAAGCGAAAGAGUCAUCUCCUUUCAUGUUACCAGAGGCCUUGAGAUUAACCUUCAGCCUCAAAGUCAGCCCACUGAGAAGCAAAACGUAUCUUUGCAGUGCACGGCUGACAGGCUCACGUUUGAAAACCUGACCUGGUUCAAGUUCAGGCCUCGGGCCUCGACGAUGCACCUUCGUGGGCUGCCGUUGCCUGUCUGCAAGAACCUGGAGACUCUUCAGAAGUUGAAUGCCGUCGCUGCAAGGGCCCAUGGGGAAAACAUUACCAUGGAGCUACUCCUCCACAGUAUCUCCCACCAAGAUAGCGGGGAUUACGUAUGCAUCGCUCAGGACAAAAAGACCAGAACACAGCAUUGUCUUGUCAAGCACCUCACAGUUCAAGAACCGGUGGCGCCCACCAUUCUAGGGACCCCAGAGAAUCAGACAGCAGAUAUUGGUGAAACUAUAGAAGUGUCUUGCAUAGCAAAUGGAAUUCCUUCUCCGCUGAUCACUUGGUUUAAAAACAAUGUAUCCCUUAUUGAAGAUUCAGGUAUUGUUCUGAAAGAUGGAAACAGAACUCUUACCAUCCGAAGGGUGAGGAAGGAGGAUGAAGGCCUCUACAGCUGUCAUGCUUGCAACAUCCUUGGUUGUACAACAGUGGCUUCAUUUUUUGCCGUGGAAGGCACUGAUGAGAAAACGAAGCUCGAAUUCAUUAUCCUGGUUGGGACCGCAGUAAUUGCCAUGUUCUUCUGGUUGCUCCUCGUAAUAAUUCUACGGACCGUUAAACGGGCCAGUGGAGGAGAACUGAAGACUGGCUACCUCUCCAUUAUCAUGGAUCCUGAUGAAGUCCCCAUGGAUGAACAAUGCGAACGUCUUCCUUAUGACGCCAGCAAAUGGGAGUUCCCCAGGGACCGCCUAAACUUAGGUAAACCACUUGGCCGGGGAGCAUUUGGCCAAGUCAUUGAGGCAGAUGCAUUUGGAAUUGACAAAACUGCUACCUGCAAAACAGUUGCUGUGAAAAUGCUCAAAGAGGGUGCAACCCACAGUGAACACCGAGCACUGAUGUCUGAGCUCAAAAUCCUCAUUCAUAUUGGUCAUCAUCUCAAUGUGGUCAACUUACUGGGGGCCUGCACAAAACCAGGAGGCCCACUCAUGGUAAUUGUCGAAUACUGCAAGUUUGGGAAUCUGUCAGUGUACUUAAGAAGCAAGCGGAGCGAUUUUAUUCCAUACAAGACCAAAAAUGCCAGGUAUAGACAUGGGAAGCACAACCGCAUUGGCGAAGUCCCCGUAGAUCUGAAGAGACGCCUGGACAGCAUCGCAAGCAGCCAGAGCUCAACAAGCUCGGGAUUUGGAGAGGAGAGAUCUGUCAGUGAUGCAGAAGAAGGAGAUGCAACAUCUGAAGAUCCUUGCAAAAACCCUCUGACUCUGGAGGAUCUCAUCUGCUACAGCUUCCAAGUAGCCAGAGGGAUGGAAUUCCUGGCGUCACGAAAAUGUAUCCAUAGAGACCUUGCAGCUCGCAACAUCCUCUUGUCAGAGAACAACGUGGUCAAAAUCUGUGAUUUUGGACUGGCUCGAGAUAUCUACAAAGAUCCUGAUUAUGUGAGGAAAGGAGAUGCAAGACUACCCUUAAAGUGGAUGGCACCGGAAACCAUUUUUGAUCGAGUGUAUACCAUUCAAAGUGAUGUGUGGUCUUUUGGCGUACUGCUGUGGGAGAUAUUUUCAUUAGGAGCGUCCCCUUACCCUGGUGUAAAGAUUGACGAAGAAUUCUGUAGAAGACUGAAAGAGGGAACAAGGAUGAGGGCCCCAGACUAUACGACCCCUGAAAUGUAUCAGACGAUGUUGGAUUGCUGGCAUGGAGAACCCAAACAAAGGCCGACUUUUUCAGAACUAGUGGAACAUCUGGGAAAUGUAUUGCAAGCAAGUGUUUAUCAGGAUGGCAAAGACUAUAUUGUCCUUCCGCAAACUGCCUUGCUGAACAUUGAAGAAGAUUCUGGACUCUCACUGCCCACCUCACCUGUUUCCUGCAUGGAGGAAGAGGAAGUGUGUGAUCCCCAGUUCCAUUAUGACACCAGCUCCGGAACAAGUGGAUUGGUCUCCAGUAAAAGCAAUGAGUCUGUUAUGUCUGAAGCUUCAAACCAGACAAGUGGCUACCAGUCAGGAUAUCAUUCGGAUGAUAUGGACACCACGGUUUACUCUGGCGAAGAAACGGAACUCUUACCUACAAGGGAAGACCUUUCUCAGACUCCUGGUGUGCUGGUCUAUGGCCCUGAGAUACCUCCUGUUUAAGAAGGGGGGGGAGAUAAAUAACAACAGAACUUCACACUGAACAUUGCCUUUUUCUUAAACCAGUGGUAUUCGAUGCCCACAACAUCUAUAGUCACAGGAUUAGAAAAAGUAUGUGUUUCUCUACAUCUUCUUUGAUAAGAAGGACAACAAGUGCUCCAUGGACUACUGGAACCAAAGUCAGUGUUUAAGCUUAAAUUAAGAUCCCCAAGUGCUGUAUCUGAUGAAGGGGCUUUGACUUUCGAAAACGUAUACCCUGAAAAAUCUUAUUGGUCUCUUAAGGUGCUACUAGCCUGGAAUCUAGCUCUUCUGUUGCAGACCAACAGGGAUACCCUCCUGAAUCCAAGCACCGUAUUUCAUACAAAUAUACCUGCUUAGAUUAUUCCAAGCAUUAUUUCAAAUUGUUAAGACACUGAGACGUACAUGAAAUGUUAGUUUUGACACCACAUGUCUGUGCAAUUGCAUGAAGAUGGAUUAGCAUUCAGUCACAAUCAUCUGGGUUUUCUAUUUUUACCACAAAUGAACUUAUAACAGUGCCUUUGUUCUCCUUGGGCAUCGCCCUUCAAGAAGACAAUCCUAAAAACAUUUUCCUGGGUGUAAGCCCCAUUGAAGAGGGUCGAGGAGGAUUGUAAGCAGACCUGAUUAGGAUGUGACUCUGUAUACCUCUUCCAUCAAAGGAACCUGUGGUCUAAAUCUCCAUGACAAUACUGCUGAAACUGUGAUGGCUGACAAGAGUGAUUAUUCUCCUUUCAGAAGGAGGUUGUUUUUGACUGUGUGGGCCUUGAUCAGCUGAGACUCUUUAGAGGAACAUUUUCUGCAGAAGUAUUCUUGGCUUUGUCAGUACAUACAAAAUCUGCUAAAUAAUCCAGGAAUUUUACCUCAGGUGUUGGUGGCCUUUGCCUCAGUUGACAAACAAAAUGGAUCCCAACAUAUCUAGGAAGUAAUCCAGCAAAGAAAUCUAGUCAUUAAAUCCAUGUGUAUCAAUAGCAUGUUACUCAACUAGCUGCUCAGAUUUUGAAUGAUACUUUGAAGGAUAAGAAUUGUUAGACAGUUUGGAGGCCCGAUGUUCUAAAAAUGUAUUAUGUAUAUUACAAGACCCUUUUUUUAAAAUGAAACUGUAGAGCUAUUGUGACCAGUGUUACUUUGUAUUUUUGGUUUUUAGUCAUGUUUUUGUACUAUAAUAUUCAAGUGCUGGGAACCUACGAAU